GAUUGCGACAACUUGCGCCGCGACCGGCUACCGCGAGAUAAAAACAAACCAACCACCUCGCGAGAUAUCUUACCGUCAAAAUCCAGAAGGGAAUAGAUACAGAAAAUAAUCACCAAUAAUAAAAAUCUCAUCUUCGAUCGGCAGCAAGUUAGUUAGUUUCGUUCGACUUUCGAUCGUCUCCCGAGGCAAAGCCGAGGCAGUGCGUCUCCGUUCGCGAGAAAUCCCUUUGCCAGUCCGUGAGCUAAGAUCAUUUUGACAUAUGAUACCAACGGAGAAGCGAGACACCUCGCGAUCGUACUCCUUGGUGGACGUGAACACGUUACCACCGUUCUCGUACACGGAGGGAUGAGAACAUGCCCCUGUGAUGUUGCAUCGGAGCACAUCAUCGCGACGCUGUAGAGCAUCGCGAAACAUGACGAAUCUUGGCCACACGUCGCCGAUCGCCGGACCAAGAGGACGACGAGCCAGCGUGGCAACCGACAAGCCUGUCGAUUUGCCACCGACAAGUCUUCGAGGAACUAUGGAACGUCAACGCUCGCCUCGGGGCAGCAUCGUGCCCGACAUCGCGCUCGACAUGGGCAACGACGUCGAGGCUAUCAACCACAAGCCUGUGCUGGAGCGAGAUCAAUAUGGCGAUACGCGGAACGCGUUCAACCAGAAGAUUAGUCGAAGCCCGCGGAACUCCCUGGUUCCGGACGACUACUACAGAACACCGCGAAACGGAAUUCGAAGCCCUCGGAACAGUUUGGUCCCCGAGGCCAGUCUGGCGCCGGACAUGUUGUACAGCUCGCGACACUCGUUGGUCCCGGAGGCACCUCUCAGCCCAAGAAAUUCCCUGAUACCGGACUCACUCGCUCACAACAGAAGCCCGAGGAACAGCCUCGUUCCCCUGACCAGCUCGAGGACGUCGCUCAUGUCCGAGAAUGGGAAUCCCCCGCCACCUCGUAGUCCUCGACACUCAUUGAUACCCAAUUCCUCGAGAAGCCCCCGCGGAAGCAUCACCAACAUGGAACUGGUCGACCGUAGUCCCCAGAGGAGCCCGCGAGGCUCAAUAGCCUCGGAGUGUUUGAACCAGAGCCCGAGGAGUUCAAUCGUCCCGUACGAGGUGAACAGAUCCUCGCGUGGUAGCAUCGGCGUGAACGACACGCCCAGAGGAUCGAUCUUGGUUAACGAAGAGGAGGCGAGAAGUCCGCGGCGGAGUAUCGAUCCUGACACGAUCGACAGAACGCCGAGGGGCAGCCUCGGCGGCCUGCAAGACAGAAGAGCCAUGAAGGCGAGCCUAGUGGCGCAGGAUCCGAGAAGAGCGUCCGCCGAUCAAGUGUGCGCAGGUAUAAACGAGAAUCGAAAUUCGUCGCCGUCCCGGCAGAAGGAGGUGAACUCGGGAAGCGUCAAGUCCCGCGGUAGCGGGGUACAGAUCAAUCUAGGAUAUGGAGGGAAUACCUUCGAAGAUUCUAGGCGAGCCAGCAGCUCCGUAUCGCAGUUUUCAGGCGACGAGUCGCGCCGGCUUUUCACCAGCGGCGCCAAAUUACCGGAGAACACGAUGGAGAACAGGAAUCCCAACUACGGUUCCGUGGUGUUUCAACUGAAAGACGCGAAUCUCGAAGCGAGCAACAUCUGCGACUUUGUGUUCCGGGGGCUGAAGGUCGUCUGUAGAACAAGAGUGGUUACUGUUUGCCUGAUGUGCUUGUCCACGGUCCCGGUUUUCAUGCUGAUUUACGGCUUGAAUUUCUCGAAAGACUGCCCGAGGGAGCCAAGAAUACCGAUGUACAUGGUGAUCGGCGGUACGUUUGGAAGCAUGCUCAUGGCGUUGCUUAUCUACUCGCAGAUACGCUCAAGGAGACCAGAAAUGAUCUCCGUUCCCUCGACCAGACCUCAAAUCUCUUUCAGAAAAUUGAUCAUCAUCGUCUUAUCGUGCUUCCUGUUGGGAUGGUUCGUGAUGGGAAAUUAUUGGAUACUUCACAUCAUGUGGCCACCGUACACGUUCUUACUGCACACUCCGAACGACUACUGUCACAAGAAUCUCUAUCUGUUCUCGUUGGUACAUCUGGUCGCGAUAUACGUCACUUUUGGGAUCACGCUGCUCGUGAUAACCGUGCUGGCGUCCUUCAGAAUCCUGGCGUGUCCGCUACCAGAAAGAUACAGAUAACCACAACGGUUCAUUCACGUAAAGGAAGUGAUACCAGAGAAACGGCGGAUGGAAGUUGGGAUUGGCCAGAGCGUUGUCCAGGGGCGCGUUUUGAAGUCUGUCGUGAAACGAGACGACGAGCAUCGCGACAGCGUCUCCAACGAUAAAGUUAUCCCCGCCGAGUCGGCACCAAUCUCGGCUCGUAAUUUCGGACCCUCGAGCUGCAACAACGGGAAGGGGGUACAUUUCCAGUUGAACGCGAACCGCGACGUUGAAGCAUCGGGAGCAGACAACGGGAACGGACAAUUUGUGACUUAACAAACUCCGCGAGAAUUGAAAUUCAUUGUUGAGGAUUGUUGAAAGCACGACGUACGGAUCGUGUCGGACCGGACACCGAAUCUGGGAGAAUGUUAUCAAAUCACCAGAGGGGAAAAAAAGACACAUACACACACACACACGCGCGCGCGCGCGCGGGAGAGAAAGAGAGACAGAGAGAGAGAAAAAUGUGCUCUGCCCAGCGACUAUAUUACCUGUUGACCUGCUCUAAACAGAAGCAUCGGACAAAGGAAAAUUGAUUUCGGGAAAAUUGAAAAUUCCCACGCCAAGAUGAAGCGUUCGCGGAACAGGGAGAAUAAUCGGGAUGCCAGUUGCUGUGGGCAGUGAAACUUGAAGUUUCGAGGAAUCCGUUUACGAGGAGUUUAUCACACGGGAUUUCAUAUCCGAUACCCGGAUACCUGGCCCGCUUUGUAGGAUAGGAAGAAACCAAGGCGAAAAUACCUGAAAAUAGAAAAUAAUAAAUAGAAAAUCGUGGAAUGGGAAGAAACGGCUGGAUCAAUUUCGAGUGAACCAACGAACGAACAGCAAAUAACAUUGGAUCUUUGUUAUCACAAAAGCUGCCUCGACUUAACGCUGGAUUCUAAUCGAAUUCAACGACGCAGCGGUUCCUCCGUGAACCGCGUUUCUGAAAGAGAACCAUGGAAGAGAAGUCACACGCAAUGCGAAAAGAAGUCAGCAAAGACAAUUCCCUGCCUAGACUGUCCCUGCCUAUAUCUCGACGACGACGAGGAAAAUUCGGAUCAUCGAAGAGGACCUUGCAUCUUUCACGGUGGAUUUCAGCAGAAAUUCUUUCGUCAGAGAAUCAUCGACCAACACUUUACGAUCAUUCACUGAUUGCCGAUAUUUGGUGAUAUUUACCAAAGAAAUCGAAGGUAAGCGACAUGCUUUUGUUGUUUCUCCUACUUUCUUUUUCUUUUUUUUUUAAUAUUUUUCGACGAUCUCGAUGAAGUUCUUGGAAUCAAAUAGACGUCAAUUUUGUCGAUCAAUGCUAAUUACAUCAACUAACAAUUGCAAAGUGUUGGGUGUACUUUUUGCCGACAUUUUUGUCCAAAUCCGUUUGACGAGCUUUCUCCAUAAUAUAUUGACUGGCUAACGCGUUUUAUUGUCACGUGAAAAUCUGUAGAAAGGAAAUUCGUUGUACAUACUACUUUUGAUAAGUGUUUCUACCGGCGGUUAUGGGAUUCCAAUUCAUUCUGCAUGACGUACCGCGCAGCUCAACCCUGAAAUUCAUUUAACUGUUAACUGGUUUAUUACGCUAACCGAUGUUUCUCUUUUAUACUUUUAUUCGUUUUCCAUAUUUGUUUUUUCUAUUUUUUUUUUUUUUUUGUUUUUUUUUUUAUUCGUUUAAUCGUAAUCGUUUGUUUUAACUAGUGUUUCCCUCUGUGUACAUUUCGCGUUCCACGUUGAAAAAAAACGCAUAUACGCGUUCUGUUGCAAGAACUUCUCAUGGAUUUUCGUUCUCGCGCGCAACACGAGAGUCUGCAGUUAACAGUUAAAUUCUAAUUGCCACGAUAUGAAAAAGGUCGCCAGAGUCGCAACGACAAAGCAACAAAAAUCAUCGUGUUUGAUGUUUCGUCGAUUUAUGUCCGUCAUUCUCACAGCUCGAGUCGACGAAAAUCGUCGUGUCGUCGCAGUGUCGAACAAUGUAAUAGAAAAAAGAAAAAAGAAAGAAAAAAAAGAAGAAAAAAUGAUGUAUCCCGUUUGUGUCUGUUGUUAACCAUCGCCAAGACUCGAGUAUAUCGCUACAACCUGACACAAUGAUAAAGCCUAACAAAAGGUACGUUGUCUGUAAAACUAUUUUAAGGAUGAUGUAUCGUUCGCUGUAGUGUCGUUCCUUUCCGCGAGGUAACGCGUGAGGCAUUCGUUGAGAAUGUCCUCUGUAAAGUCUAAUGCUCGUGUGUCUAAUGCGCAUCGAUGAUUGCCGACUAUAACCAUGAAAAGCAAGCAAAAGAAACAAAGAAGUUCUCUCGCUCGAGAGGGGACGGAAUGAAUAAGUGUCAAUUAAAUAAACGCAUCAGAAACUUCAUUCUAUCGCUGUGGAAUGCUAACGGUCGAUGACACUUUGAUGUACACACACACAAAGACACACACACACAUGUAUAUGAUAUAUAUUCUGUAUAUGUACAUAUAUAUGCCUAUACACGUACGCUCUUACGGUAUUAAAUAGUCGUUAUUAAAGAAUCGACCAAAAUAAGACAAAAUAAGGGAAAGUGCUCGGACAGAUAUUUCAAAAGUACGUGAGAGUCAUCUAGACCAGAGUAGAACGUAGAACAAGGCUCAUUUCCAGUUAAACACAUGUAUGUACGACGUCCAUGAUUGCUCGAUGAUUCGAAAAACGGGUCCAUACUUAUAAUCGUCCGUGCGAAUAAAUGUUACUAAUCUGUAAUCGUGUAAACUACUACUACUACGUCGAUGUAAAAGACGCAUAGUAACAAACAAACAAAACAAACAAAAAAAAAAACAAAAAUGUGUGUGAACCGUCUUUCUUAGGGAGCUAAGUACAUUCGUCAAUCUCGCGGUCGCGAUCGUUCUUUUGAAAGUCCUCGGUCGAUAAUGGCGGGUGAAUCGUUUCGAAAGCUACAUAGUACAACAUAGUAAUUUCGAGUCGAUCGAACUAUACGAGAGAAGAAGUACGCGAACAAUGGGACAAUAUUUAUUUGCUCUAUCGAGCUGAUAUACGUGCGUGUAUGUUUGUCAGUGCGACUGCGCUGACGAGUUUAUGACACUUCGUUGGGAACACAAGACCAUCUAUUAAAUUGCUGAACGCCGGGGGAUAGAAUCGGUUGCCCGAUUUUCGCGAAACCCGUGCCUGGCGAGCUGAAAUCAUCCGGAAAUUUCAUUUCCGAGCUGUCAAACCCGUACGUGUCCCGUGAUCCGUGCUUUAUUAGAUGCAAAAUUCUUCGUCUUCGGCAAUUUGACUCUCGUCGGGGAAACGCUCUUAAACGAAUUAAACAAUCGAAGGAAAUUCUAUCAUCUCGACCUAAUCUGAAGCCGUUUGUAAAAUUUCGAGGAGGGACGCGCGCGUGUUGGCCGCCUAAAAGGGGCCAGGCACGAAUCUGGUCCAUGUGCACAACGAAGUAUAAAAAGGAACAAGGUACAGACCGGCCACAGAGAAUUUCGCAGUAACUCGCACGCAUCGUGCGCGUGAUAGAAUCCAAUUUGGGGACGACGUAGAAUUAGAGGAACGCGAAGUGAAAAAAAGGGACCUGACUAUACAGUUACGUUUGAAAUUUGUCGCGUGAUGCUUUCGAGGGAUUUUCUAAUGACAAAUUCGGGUUGAAUUCGCUCGAUACGACGUUCCGCAGAUGUCUCUGCGAAUUAAUAGAAUUUACCGAGAAACAAGAACGCUCAAUCUCCGUCUUCGCCGCUUGCUCGAGAGACAAAUGUGCACCUAUCUAUCUAUCUUCGAUCAUUUCGUUCGCUUAAAAUUCACCAAACUCACUGUCGUGUCAUGGGAAAAAAAAAUCACAGACGUGAGCGCGUUCGUUCGUCAUUCAAUUAUGCAGAGUCCACUAUUCACGCGCUUGUCGAUACAAUCGUCGUUUACAAUCAUAACCAAAGAAUCAACGAAACGUACUACUCUCAAACGAUUAGCAUGUGGUUAAAUUAAUUAGUCGAAUAGUGACGAAAUCUAUCGAGUGUCUAUCGUACGAGUUUUCAUUGUCGCCAUUCACGGCCGUGCGAGGUGAGUGUGAACGAAUGAAUGGGUCGCGACGCAUGCUAAAAUUUUCGCGAUAAACACCGUCGGGCAGAUCGUGAAAACGUGAAUCAAUAUUUGUCUCCUCUCUUUUCAUUCUUUUCUGGAAAAAAAGAAGGAGAGAAAAAAGAAAGGACCAAUUUGAUUUUUGAACUCGCGAGAUAAUAGUAGAAUCGGGACAAACGGUCAGAACGACGCACAAUGCGACGGGGAUUUUAAUCGGAGCCCGGAAACUCGCUAUCUCGAUAGCCACGUGGAAUCGACAGGCGCAAAUAAACUCACCCCCUCCCCCCUCCCCCGGUUUCGAUAUCCUUUCGGGAGGGGUGAAAUAUUCGCGGGAAUAUUUUUCGCAGACGCGAGAGAAACCAGAUAUAUGUCGGAUGUUGGCGUGUCGGAGUGCCCUGAAAUUUCAAUUAAAAUGUUGCGCGAUGACAAAUAUCAAAUUAACCAAAUAAAUGAGUUCGCGAUUUGAUUUGACGUUUUCACGAAUCCCGAUACCCCGUAAAGUGGAUGUAAUAUAGGUUUGUAUACACGCAUAUAUACAUGUAUAUAAUCGCGUACAGAGAUAGAUAUAUACAUGAGUAUAUAUAUAUAUAUAUAUAUAUAUAUAUAUAUAUAUAUAUAUGUAUAUAUCUCUGUCGCGCAAGUCGCGAAAGGGAAAUCCCUUGUGUUACUCUCGACGUACGACGAGAAUCCGUGGAUCCUCUUUCGCGAUUUCUUCUGAUCCGUAACACGUAAGGAUUAACGAUUGUGUUGAUACAUCUAAUAUUAAACGUGUCGUUGGAUUUACAUAGAAUAGAGAGCUUAUUUAUUUUUAUACUGGAUGGUUUGAUAGGAUCCGAGACAUUUAAUUGAACAAUAUCGCAAACGAAGCGAUGAUAUACGCUAUUUAUUAUUACAGCGAGGUUUCUUCGUUUAUCCAGAAUUACGCGCGACACGCGUCCGUUGUUUUCGCCCGUUGAUUGACAAACCCUCAUACUGAUUGAAUUAAAUGUCAUACGUGUACGUAUAAUAACACAUAAACGUAUAAUAAACAUAUCUCGUAAUUAUGUGACAAAUUUAACGUUUUUUCAGUGAGAAGAUUCUAGAAGUGCGCGCGAAGUGCGUUUAGCCGUGUCGUAUGCUAUUUAAGUAGUAGAUUAGAAUUAUUUGCACGCGCUAACGUCGCGAAUGUGGUCCAGGCUUUAACGUAGAGUUCACAACGUCGUUAACACCGCCCGAGUGUUUCCCUAUCUGGUGUCGGAAAUAGCGAUGGAAACCGUCCAAACGCAAUCCGACCAAUCAAACUCUUUAUUUUUCGAUCUCGAUCCCCCAGUAUCGUUACAACCUCUGGUUUUAUACCAGCCCCGUAUAUCGUACAGUCGCCCUAUCCUUUCAGAAACCAAUUUCCCGUGCUCCGUCGUCAACGUAUUAUUACGUUUUUCGUCCAAGAAGCGGUACAAAAGUUGCCAGCGCUAUUUACGAGACCGUCGAUUACAUUUUUCUACACCGUUCGCGCUACUCGCGUCGUUUCGAUAUAAAUAUACCUCAUUUAAUCGUCUCUAUGCGUAGAGAAGUCCAGUUAGGGAUACAUUCUCGCAUCGCACGCGAAGUUGACAUCGAAAACAUUACCUCUGACGGCGAAGCGCCGGCUCAUAUUACACGCAUAUUCUUAUUCGAUCAUUCGUUUCGACGCGGCUGUUAAUAAUAAUUGGGCCGUCCGACUCAGCACGAAAUAAUCGAAAAUAGUCUUAGAAGAAACGUACAAGAACAAAGGCGGAAACCAUGUAUGCGAACGUCGAUGAACAAGGUGCACGUUGCAGCGUGUACGCCAAAGUAUUCCGCGAUUAUUAAAUAGCGCCGUGCCUCUAUUGAUCUCCUAUGGUUUACAGAGGACAACAAGGAGAAACGCUUCAUCUUCCCUCCGCCUCCCCUCCAUCCCUUUUCUGUUAUCGAUACGAUCGCGAUUAGAAUAAAGACCGCCAAGUGCAACGAACGACUUCUUUCGGCUUAUUAUCGAAUAUCGAGAAACGAACGAAAAGUGAAUUCCUAACGAAUAAAUAAAUAAAGUCUCAUCCCCGUCGCGAGAAUCAGCUAUCUUGUAGUCUCGUCGAGUUCCAAAUAGUUCCAAAUAGCCUUGAACAUUCCUUCGCGAGACCAUUCGAACGAGCAUCUCUCUGUCUCUCUCUCUCUCUUUCUUUCGUUGACAUGGCCACUUGACACCCUCUCGUUUACCCGAGAAAUUAGCGUGAUUCGUAGAAACGUGCAACGUCCACGCAUCGAUUCUGCGUCCAUCUCGUCUGCGGGGCAGCUCGUCUCGUCCAACAGCCAAAGGAAACGAAGUUGUCUUGAAAAAGCUCGGAAACCAUCACGGAGCAGCGUGCUCGGUGACCCGAAGGAGAGUUUUGAUUUCGGCUGAACGAACCUGAAGAUACACAACUCGGUACACUACUCUGCAUUGGGGAACGAGACGUCGCCACGUGUCGCAGACUCGUCGCAUCCUCAUCCACGACGAAGACUUUUCCAAGGGUCCAAUCAUUACUUUCGAAUUACCAUCGAUCGCGUCACGCGGUGACACUUUUCCUCCGCCUGACGCGAGCACUGUUCGCUUCCGAAAGCCCACGCUCAAGCCACGCAACAAGCUGCAAAAAAAAAAAAGAAUCGUAUCCACGCGUGCCUGGCAGCAGAAAAUUGGCCAACGAUCGGAUAUCGCCGAUUUCGAACGUGAAAUAGACCCCUGUGGAGGACUGUGAGAGAACUUCCGGAAAAUAGGGGGAGGCAUAUUGAGAAUUAUAUUUUUAGAAGCGCCACUCAAGUUUCGAGUGAACUUUUCACCGCGACCAAUCGUAAAUACUUGUAGUGUACACUCACUGUUAGAGCAACGUACUCUUCGAAACGGCGAUACGCGCCUUCCGAUCGCUAGAGAAAUGUCCGUGCGUGAUUCCGAUGUUCUACCGAUCUCCUCUGAUUUUUCUCGCUGUCAGGCUCGAACAGUGGCAACGUUUGCAACGUUUACGCCCCGUUUCGAACGAUAGAUGCACUGCUCGAUUACAAUUCCCCGCGCGUGCUAUGUAUCUAAUCGUUGUAACAUGCUUCGACAUCGACCACCUGACACGCGAGACGUGUAUAACGAUCUUUCGGAACGUGUUUCAGCUAGUUGUACAUCUUUUACGACCGCGUGCUUGCACGGCUCACGUAAAAGGGGAUGCACGUCGCGCUCUUUGUCAGCCUGUUUGUAACAGCUACAUACUUGGCGCUGUGUAUGCCUGUAAAGACAAAUACGAGAGGCUACCGUCUCGUCGCCGGUGCGGCAAGGAAAAAGACGUCGCACGUCCGCGGCAAAUAAAUUUCGCCAGAAUAUUUAAUAACGGUAGUGAAUGUAACUUGCGCCGAGACAGAGGGCGGGGUUGGAGGGGUGAGCGUUUCGCCAAUAAACGCGGCGGCGGCCAUUUAAAAUAAAUUGGACGUCGUAUUGCGACGUAUUAUCUGCACGUAGCAGGCGACGAGGCUGCGCCCGACACCGUACAAUGCCGAAGCUUAUCGCCCCGACGUGUUUCGUUAAAUUAAAUUACCCUCGGAACCGGUGAAUUCCGCCUGUUUCUCUUCCAUGGCCUACAACCUCUCUCUGCCACCAGCUUUCGCAGCUGCUCGCUAAUCAAACACGUUUGCGAUAGAAUCUUUCGCGCGCAUCCCCCAAUUACGUGAUACGGGCAAUAUUUCGCGAUGAUAAAAUCCAAAUAACAAAGGGGAGAAAAUAGGUGGGGGGAGGGACAAACAAAGGGAAAGGUGAAUGAGAGUGGAGGAGAGAUCGAAUGAAGAAGAAUGCGGAAACACGUUCCGGUGUCCAGUCGAGGGGAAAAUCGUGCGACCAAACAGUCGAGCAGUGCAUGUAUAUCGUUAAAUUCGCGAGUAAAACAUACGCGUGCACGUAACCUCUGUCUCUGUCUGUCUGUCUGUCUGUCUGUCUGUCUGUCUGUCGCUGUAGAAUCAAGAACGAAUCGAGUAUGUAUAACGUAAGAUAAUCCUGUACACGUACACUCGCGAUAUAUACCACUCCAUUUGCGAGAAAAACAAAUGUAAGCGAUGUGGUAGACUCAUAUUGUGACCCAUUUAUAACGUAACCGCCGAGUACUGGGAAUAAAAAAGUGUCUACGUGGUA